GAGACUUUUAUUUUAGCUUGACGUCAUGACGUCACGGGGACGGUGCGUGCUGCGUGCUGCGUGCGCUGAGGAAAGAUCUGGAUCUGGAUUGACGUCUCCAGUGAAGCUCCUCCCACAGCUGGGAGCGAAUCAGGCGUUUACAGCUGAAGAGGCCAACAGGCAGAAAUCACUGCAAACUACUGAAAGGAUGGAGUUUGUCCGAGUAGUGAUUGGGGACGUGAGUGAUCCAGAACCAUUCAAGAUAUUAAAGGAUGACCCCGAGGAGCAAAAAGAGGUGAAAGAGGAAAGUCACGAGCUGAAUGAAGUGGAGGAGGAACCUCGUGCAAUCUUAAGUAGCUCAGACACUGAAAAUAAAAGCACGCAGAAAACAGCGCUCAUCUGUUCUCACUGCGGAAAGAGUUUUAGACAGAGAGGUCACCUUGACGAUCACAUAAGGACUCAUACCGGAGAGAAGCCUUACGCGUGCCUUCACUGCGGGAAGAGCUUCACGCAUAAAGGAAACCUUAAGGAUCACAUGAGGAUUCACUCGGGAGAGAGACGGUUCGCGUGUCAGCACUGCGGGAAGAGGUUCACGCAUAAAGCCAACCUCACGGAUCACAUCCGGAUCCACACGGGAGAGAAGCCGUUCUCCUGCGAUCAGUGCGGGAAGAGCUUCACACACGCCACGAGUCUGAAGACUCACCUGCUGUCUCACUCCGGAGAGCGGCCCUUUAGCUGCGAUCAGUGCGGACACAAAUUCAUUCUAGCGGCGCACCUGAAGAGACACCUGAGGAUCCACACCAACGAGAGGCCCUACGUGUGCUCCUUCUGCGGGAAGAGCUUCUUGUGGCUCUGCUAUUUUAAAGACCACCAGAAGAAGCACACGGGCGUGAAAGCUCACGUGUGCUCCGAGUGCGGCAGCGCCUUCACGAGAGCCAGCGAGCUGAGGAUGCACCAGAGGACCCACACCGGAGAAAAACCCUACACCUGCUCGUGCUGCGGAAAGAGCUUCGCCGAGUCCGGAAACCUGAAGAAACACGAGCGCGUUCACACCGGAGAGAAGCCCUACCAGUGUCCCUCGUGUGGAGGCAGUUUCAGUCAGUUCAGCCAUUUGCUGAGACAUUUAAAGCAGCAGAGCUGUCCGAAGCUGACGCAGUUCUUCUUCAGGCCUCCGGAUGAACAGAGCUCGUCCUCAGGUGCAACACUGCCGAUUGAAUCAAAGGUGGAAUUUCUGCCAGAAUAACAGUGCGGACGGGGAUAUUUAUUGUGAUAUUGUGAGAAGACUUAAGGUACACUACCAUUCAAAAGUUUGAAAUC